AUGAGGAUCAGGCAUGCUGGCACUUCCAUCCAGGACGAGUAUGACACCUUCAUGGCUUUGAUUGGUUCUCAAAAGACGGGUCUGCAGCCACCCCGGGCCUCGCCCUCAGAGCCACGGGACGACCUCCCCGGAGCUCCUCCUGUUCCCUCGCGACCUGCCGGUAUUCCCAUGGGUGUUGGUGAGACAGACUGCGGUCAGUUGGGGAUCCCGCAGGAACAGGAGCAGCUUCUGCCGACCCCGGUGGUCGUACCACGUGGUAAAACCAUCGUGGACGUGGCCGCCGGGGGUCUGCACUCGGCCUUCCUUACGGCCGACGGGGAGGUAUUGUCUUGUGGUCUUAAUGAUGAGGCACAACUCGCGAGGCCCGACGCAGGUGACCAGGACUGCCGGAGGGUGACCUCCGUGUCCCUUGGCCCCCCCAUGAUCGCGGCUCAGGUGUGCUGUGGCGACAGCUUCACUGCCGUACUGGACACCCUGGGCCGUGUGUUCUGGGUGGGACAGCUGAGGGACGCAGGCGGGGUAUUCCACGACAUUGGUCCCCGCUUGUUGGAGGUCUCCCUGUGGGCACCAGCGACCAAGAUCGCUGCUGGUGCUCACCAUCUAGCAGUCCUGGUAGGCAAUUCCAUCGCCACCUGUGGUGCUGCAGACCGAGGGCAAUUAGGAAGGGUCAGGGAGCGACGUGCCCUGAAACGAUCAUCUCGGGAGUCGUCCCUGACCGCGUCCCCCUGGACCACAGCCACAGAGUUCAUUGACGUCUGCUGCGGUACUUACAGUACCAUUGGACUGACCGCAGCAGACGACAUCUGGGGCUGUGGGAACAACUACUUGUACCAGCUGGGAGAGGGCCCGCGCACAAUCUGGAUGUCCCGAAAACUGGACGCCCUCUCCCAGAGGAACCUGGUGCAAGUAGCAUUGGGGGACGACCACGCCGUUGCCCUCAGCUCCUCAGGAGCCGUCUUUUGCUGGGGUGACGGCUACAGUGGACAGGCUGGAACGGGAGUCAUCUCCAAACAACCGCUCGGCUCCCCCCGGCCUGUUCCCGGCCUGCCAAGUAACAUCAAGCAGGUCGCAGCCGGCCCCAGGCAGUCAUUCUGUUGGACCAGUCAAGGAGCCGUCUUUUGCUGGGGUGACGGCUACAGCGGACAGGCUGGAACGGGAGUCAUCUCCAAACAACCACUCGGCUCCCCCCGGCCUGUUCCCGGCCUGCCAAGUAACAUCAAGCAGGUCGCGGCCGGCCCCAGGCAGUCAUUUUGCUGGACCAGUCAAGGCCGUGGAUACGCCUGGGGAUCAGGAGUCAGCAACCAACUCUGUGUUGGUGAAGAAGUAACAGAGGUUGCGGCUCCUGUCCCCAUGGUGGGUCUGCCCGGCCCACUGCAUACCAUCAGCGUGGGCGGGCAGCACACACUCACACUCGUCCUGGUGGACCCUGCUCCCAGUGCUCAAUAA